AUGGAGAAGAAAAUGAGGGCUUUGUAUGCAUUGGCUUUUGGCCUGGUGAUUUUGAUGUCGAGUGCAUGGCACUCAGAGGCCAUGAGACGCCCCGAGGCCCAAAUGAUUUUGCUGCCAUGCCAACCAUUCUUGGUGGGUGCUGGCCCUGACUCACCAGGCCUUCCCUGUUGUCUAGGUAUUCAAAAACUUAUCCAUGAGGCUUCCACCACCAAAACACGCAGGGCUCUUUAUCAAUGUUUGAAGAAUGCUGCUUCAGGACUUGAUCGUACUACUACUCUUGAUAGAGAUAAACAGAUUCCCCAACUUUGCCAUAUCAAUGACCCUAUACCAAUUGACCCCAACGUGGACUACUUCCAUGAUCCUAAUUCCUACAGGAGGUUUUAG